GUAUUCUCGGCGACAUUAUCUGCCGCCGCCGGAGAGUGACGAGGGUUGGUGGCUAAAUUUUAAAUAAGAUUAUUUUAUUCAGCAUUGCUCUUCUCACCAACUCCUCCAACUUUCUCCUCCGCCUCUCUAGUCUACAUAUUCCCCCCUAAAGCUCGACUCUUUUACUCACCAACCCAAUUUCUCCAAUGUCGACUCAUGCCUCCGCCGCCGUCAUUUCCUCCUCCGUCGCCGCCGCUAGAGUCGAACCAUACCCAGAUUCAAAGAAGCCAAUCGGGUCAAUCCGUUUCCAACCACUUCCUCUCUCCCUCUCGUACUGUAGUAAGUCAGUGAAGGUUUCAUCUAGAAUAUGUGCCGUGUCCAAACCAAAUGAUGCAGAGACUCUCUCUUCAGUAGAUACUUCACUUAGCCCUCGUGUCAAAUCCUUGAAACCUUCCAAGACCAUGGUCAUAACCGAUCUCGCCGCAACUCUGGUUCAGUCCGGUGUUCCCGUCGUCAGACUAGCUGCUGGAGAACCCGAUUUCGACACUCCUAAAAUCGUUGCUGAGGCUGGGGUCAACGCGAUUCGAGAUGGUUUCACUAGGUAUUCGCUUAAUGCAGGUAUUACAGAACUCAGAGAAGCUAUAUGUCGGAAGCUAAAAGAGGAGAAUGGAUUGUCUUAUGCGCCGGAUCAGAUCUUGGUUAGUAACGGAGCUAAACAAAGUAUCUUACAAGCAGUGCUUGCAGUUUGUUCUCCUGGUGAUGAAGUUAUAAUCCCUGCACCGUAUUGGGUUAGCUACACAGAACAGGCGAGAUUGGCUGAUGCAACACCUGUGAUUAUUCCUACAAAGAUCUCUGAUAACUUCUUGUUGGAUCCAAAGGUUCUUGAGUCUAAGCUGACUGAGAAAUCUAGACUCCUUAUCCUCUGCUCUCCUUCUAACCCUACUGGUUCUGUUUACCCCAAGAGUUUGCUUGAAGAGAUUGCACGCAUCAUUGCUAAACACCCAAGGCUUAUGGUGCUAUCAGAUGAAAUAUAUGAACAUAUUAUAUAUGCGCCUGCAACACACACAAGCUUUGCUUCUUUGCCUAACAUGUAUGAGAGAACUUUGACAGUAAACGGUUUCUCUAAGGCUUUUGCAAUGACGGGUUGGAGGCUUGGAUAUCUCGCUGGUCCUAAGCAUAUAGUGGCAGCUUGCAGUAAAUUACAAGGACAGGUUAGUUCAGGAGCUAGUAGCAUUUCUCAGAAGGCAGGUGUUGCUGCACUUGGGUUAGGAAAAGCCGGAGGAGAGAUUGUAGCUGAGAUGGUUAAAGCAUACAGAGAGAGACGUGAUUUCUUGGUUAAAAGCUUCCGUGAAAUGGAAGGUGUUAAGAUCUCUGAACCUCAGGGAGCUUUUUAUCUCUUUAUUGACUUCAGUGCAUACUAUGGAUCACAAGCUGAAGGUUUUGGUUUGAUCAGUGACUCAUCCUCUCUUGCUUUAUACUUUCUUGACAAGUUUCAGGUUGCAAUGGUUCCUGGAGAUGCGUUUGGGGACGAUAGUUGUAUUCGGAUAUCAUACGCCACAUCUCUCGAUGUUCUGCGGGUCGCAGUUGACAAGAUCAGGAAAGCCCUUGAGCCACUGCGUGCCACUGUUUCUGUGUAACGGUUCGGACAGUAACGUGUGUUUUAAUCGUUUAUGUGAUGUUGUAUAAACUAUAUAUGUAUCCACUUUGUCUUACGCUUUGAUUCCUUCAAGUUCAUGUAGCCAUAAACCAUGUUCUUCAUUGUACAUCAAUUUUUA